AUGGAUGUGGCGCUAAAACCGCUGGCUCCGUGGGCGGCCUCCUCCGCCACAGACUUCUUUGGGCUGCAUGGCCAAGAGCCCUCCAAUGAGCAGGGGCAUCUUUUCAAGGCCUUCUUGAGUGAUUUGGGGCUCUAUGCACCUUCUACUAUGGAAUGGUGCCAUCAGGGAGAGCACACUACUCGGGUACACCCUCGUGGGCAGCGACUUCGUAGAGACUACAUUCUCUGCGAUGAAGAGGCCUUUCAGUGCCAAGCGUCCUGGGUUGAUACCGCACAUGAUUCAGGCUUUGCCCAUGAUCACUGGCCCAUCAACAAAGAGGCGCUCCAGGCGCUCCCGAGUUGCCGCCUCUGCCGGAAGUCUUGCUACGGCCGCGCUCCGAAGGAGGGGAAGAUCCCCAGAGAUUUUCAGGUCCGAUCGCUGGUCCUGGAAACCGGGGCCUCAAUGACUUUGCCAAGCUUAAGACAGGCGGGACCGGGCUUAGCCAUGAAAGCUCUGGUGAAGGGCAGGCGCUGGCAAAGUGCCCUGAAACUCUUCGAGGAGGCUCCAGAGGUGGAUGCUCGACUCUUUACGCUGGCCCUGGGAGCUUGUAGAGCGGCCAGUUGCUGGGAGCAGGCCCUGCAGUUGAUGCGUGACAUGCCUCGUUCGCGAGUGAUGCCGGAUCUCAUUGCUUGGAAUGCUGCCAUGACUGCUUGUGCCAAAGCUCGCCAGUGGGAGCAGGCCUUGUGGAUCUUCGAUCAAGGCAUGCAGCCAGUGAGGCCAGACCUGUUCAGCUUCAACACAGCCCUGCACUCCUUGCGCGGCAGCGAUCGAUGGCAGAUGGCGCUGGAGAUUUUUGGUGCCCUGACCUCAUUGCAGCCGGACACUGUGACCUUCAACACGCUGCUGCAGAUGGUACCUGAGCCCACCCGUGCCCUACAGCUCCUGAGGGAUAUGCAGGAUGCCUCGGUGCCUCGCAACGAUCGCAGCUAUUCAGCCCUCAUGGCCACACAGCCCUGGGAAGAAGCGCUGAUGCUGCCGGGGAAACCCAGCUUAAAGUUGCAGGGUGCCGUGUCCAUGCAGCUCUGCAAGGCUUCCUGCCCCGGCUUCAUUGUGACGCUUGGAAGACAUGCUGACAUGGGAUCGAACGGAAUUGAGGACAUUGCAAGUACACCCACUGGAUACCAGGAAGAGUAA